AUGACAAUUUUCUCAAAUAUGGAUGAGAGAAUUGAGAGGAUGAGGCAGGUUGCUCAACAAGGAAAUAUUGAUGCCUUUUACCUCAUAAUUCAGGAGGAUGUAAAACUUUUGGAGCACAUGGAUAAGCUACCAUUUGUUGAUACUCCCUUACACAUAGCUGCACAGGCUGGGCACAUCCCAUUUGCUAUGGAGCUGAUGAGGUUAAAGCCCUCAUUUUCUAGCAAGCUUAAUCCUGAUGGGUAUAGCCCUAUUCACCUUGCUCUACAAAAUGAGCAUAUCGAGCUGGUGCGUCGGCUUGUAGAGGUCGAUGGGGACCUUGUCCGUGUCAAAGGAAGGGCGGGUAUCACUUCUUUGCAUUAUGUAGCGGCAACAACAGAAACAGAUGAUCACCUUAAUCUAUUGUUAGAUUUUCUCAAAGCCUGUCCCAAUUCUAUUGAAGAUGUGACAGUUCGAAAUGAGAGUGCUCUGCAUAUUGCCUUGAAAUACGACAAGCUGGAGGCUUUUCUACACUUGGUGCGAUGGAUGAGAAGGAAUUGGUCUCAAAAUCCCAUAUUGUGGGAGAGUAAAGUACUCAACAGGAAGGACGAGCAGGGUAACACGGCAUUGCACAUUGCGGUAUCCAAAAAUCAACCCAAGGCAGUGAAGCAGUUAUUAUAUUCUGGUGUUGAUGUAAACAUUAAGAAUUUAGAGGGUAAAAAAGCAGGGGACAUCUUGGCACAACAAACUCAAGUAGAAAAUAGUAAGAUCAAGGUUAUGCUACAGCGUGCUGGGGCUUUACCAUCUUCAUCUAUUCCUCAAGUUUAUUACUAUGCACAAUACCUAUGGACUAUAUUCUCAAGGCUUGAGAAAUCAAGAUUACAUUUUAUUAGUGAAUGGAUCGAAAUAUCAGACGACAGGCGCAACGUGCUUUUGGUGGUUGCCACACUGCUUUUGACUGUCACCUAUCAAGGAGUACUCAGCCCUCCCGGGGGACUUUGGCAAGAUGACCAGAGUCCUGGAGCCAAUCAAACCAAUAUCACAUUACCGGUCAUAAGAAAAUUCAAUUCAAGUGCUCCUCUUGAAAACGAAGCAGGGACACCCAUUGGUCUUAGAAAUUUUCCUUUUUGGGUGUUCUUGUCAUUAAAUUCUUUGACAUUUAUGCUCUCAUACUCAACAAUUCUUCUCCUCAUUCCAACCCAGCACAUUUAUCGAAUAGUCCGCCUAUCUCUUAUUUCCCUAUCUAUUUGCUACAUAGUUUCAUUGACCGUCAUAAUCCCAACUCGAUUUUGGGAAAUUUUUUGGUAUGUUUCUACUGGCCUGUUUGUUUGUAUCUUCCUACUAAAUUCUUCUGCUACUUGUGUAGCAUGGUCUUAUAAGGCAUUACUCUAAAAGACUGCAAGGUUCAAUGCUAAGUCGUUUGCUGAUUUGUUCAUGGAGGAAGAAUUUAUGGGACAAAAAUUAUAUAAAUAAGCUAAGCUUGGAGCUGUAUGCAUCUUUAUUGGUGUGUCAAUUUUUACUUUUGU